AUGGACGAAAGUCCUUUUACUAUUAUCGGUACUUCAACAACAACAACAAUUACCCCUUUAAAAUUAUUUACUUCUAACAACAAUAACAACCCUUCUGUAAAUAUAAGUAAUGAAAAUAAUUUAACAACAAAUUCUAUUUUUAUGGAAGAACCUCCAGUUGAAGCUUGGUGUUUUGAUUUACUUUUAUUUUAUCGAAGUCUUGGGGAUGAUGACCCUCAAGCUAAGAAAAUGCUUGCAGAAUUGGAAGCAUAUGAAAGAUUCUCAUUUGUAGUUAAUGGAUUAAUUACUUGUUUAUUAGUUAGUUUUGGGCUUAUUGGAAAUGCUUUAUUUGUUUAUCAAUUACAUAACAAAUCCAAUCACUUUUCUCGCCGUCUAGCCAAACAUUUAACAGCUUUAUGUAUUUGGGAUAUUGCCCUUUUAUGUUGUUGCCUUUGCUCUUAUGGUUGGGUUUUUAAUUUACAAAAAAUUGUUCUUAAAAAUAUUUUUAAAGGUAUUAUUUGUAUGUGCCUAGGUAUUUUACCUUUUGUUGGAGUAACUGCUUAUUUACUUUAUUUAUUCCAACCAUUUGCCAGUUUUUGUGUUACUGGAACUAUUUGGCAAGUAUUAGCAAUUACAAUCGAAAGACACAAAGCUGUUUCCCGUCCAUUAGAACAGCGUACUCGAAAAGGACAAUUCUCUUUACGUUCAAUAUUUUCUUGUAUUGUUUUUGGGGCUUUUGCUUUGAAUUUUCUGGCUGUUCCUUUUGAAAGGGCUUUAAUAGAUUGUUAUGAAUUUCGUUCUAAUGGAUUUGAAGUUAGAACAAUGAUUGUACAACGAGAAUUGGUAAACAAUCAGUAUUAUGCCAUAUUAUCUCAUUUAAUUCCGGAUUUAAUAUUUCGAGCACCAACACCAAUAGUUAUUAUAGCUAUAUUAACUGUUAGAACAUUACAAAUAGCUAGUGCCCAAAGAACUGUUGGACACCAACAAAUAAUUCCUCAAAGACAGAGAGCUUUGGGAAGAAAUGUUCAUUUAAUGUUGACGUUUCUGUCAAUUAAAUUCAUUAUUUGUAAUAGUAAGUUUUAA